UGGCUUGUUGGCGCCCAGUUUGAGAUUCAACUGUGUCCGUCGGUGUUGUAUUCUGCUAUUACAACUUAAUUUCACAGUCAUUUAACUCAUUUAAAGUGUCCGGCUGAGAGGAGAACAUUAUUUACUUCUGAGUUAAGGAAACCAACUACUCUGUUGCCAAUAUGCACGUGAUAAAGCGAGACGGACGCCAGGAGGGUAUUACUUUUGAUAAAAUCACAAGCCGCAUCCAGAAGCUUUGCUAUGGACUCAACAGUGAAUUUGUGGACUCUACUCAGAUCACAAUGAAGGUGGUCCAGGGUCUGUACAGCGGAGUCACCACUGUAGAGUUGGACACUCUGGCUGCAGAGACUGCUGCCACCCUGACCACCAAGCAUCCCGACUAUGCAAUCCUGGCUGCACGCAUUGCUGUGUCUAACCUGCACAAGGAGACCAAAAAAGUGUUCACUGAUGUGAUGGAAGACCUGUACAACUAUGUGAACCCAUUAAACAAGAAACACUCUCCUAUGAUCUCCAAGAAGUUGCUUGACAUUGUUCUUGAAAACAAGGCUCGCCUCAACUCAGCUAUAAUCUACGACCGAGACUUCUCUUACAACUUCUUCGGCUUUAAGACUCUGGAGCGGUCUUAUUUGUUGAAGAUUAAUGGAAAAGUUGCUGAAAGACCCCAGCACAUGCUGAUGAGAGUUGCGGUUGGAGUUCAUGAAAGAGACAUUGAUGCAGCCAUUGAGACCUACAACUUGCUGUCAGAGAAGUGGUUCACCCAUGCUUCACCCACUUUGUUCAAUGCUGGCACAAACAGGCCACAGCUGUCCAGUUGUUUCUUGCUGACCAUGAAAGACGACAGCAUUGAAGGUAUAUACGACACGCUGAAGCAGUGUGCCCUCAUCUCCAAAUCAGCUGGAGGUAUCGGACUGGCGGUUAGCUGCAUCAGAUCAACAGGCAGCUACAUUGCUGGGACUAAUGGCUGCUCUAACGGCCUGGUCCCGAUGCUUCGUGUGUACAACAACACAGCACGUUAUGUUGACCAGGGUGGCAACAAGAGACCUGGGGCCUUUGCUGUGUACCUGGAGCCGUGGCACUCCGAUGUGUUUGACUUCUUAGAGUUGAAGAAGAACACAGGUAAAGAGGAGCAGAGGGCCAGAGACUUGUUCUUUGCCAUGUGGAUCCCAGACCUCUUUAUGAAGCGAGUGGAAAGCAAUCAGGACUGGUCUCUCAUGUGUCCAAAUGAGUGUCCCGGGUUAGAGGACUGCUGGGGAGAAGAGUUUGAGGAGCUCUACACUCGAUAUGAGACAGAGGGCAGAGCUAAGCGUGUGGUGAAGUCUCAGCAGGUGUGGUACGCCAUCAUUGAGUCUCAGACAGAAACUGGCACACCGUAUAUGCUCUACAAAGAUGCCUGCAACAGGAAGAGUAACCAACAGAAUCUGGGCACCAUCAAAUCCAGUAACCUGUGCACAGAGAUUGUCGAGUACACAAGCAAAGAUGAGGUUGCAGUGUGUAACCUGGCAUCCGUUGCCCUCAACAUGUACGUCACUCCGGAGAAGACCUUUGAUUUCAAAAAGCUUGCAUCUGUCACCAAAGUCAUCGUCAAAAACCUUAACAAAAUAAUAGAGAUCAACUAUUACCCAGUACCUCAGGCUGAAAGGUCUAACAAGCGUCACAGGCCGAUUGGAAUCGGUGUGCAGGGUCUGGCUGAUGCCUUCAUCCUCAUGCGUUACCCGUUUGAAAGCCCAGAGGCCCAGCUGCUCAACAUUCACAUCUUUGAGACCAUCUACUACGCUGCCCUGGAGGCCAGCUGUGAGCUGGCAGCAGAGCUGGGCCCGUAUGAAACAUACCCUGGCUCUCCUGUUAGCAAAGGAAUCCUUCAGUACGACAUGUGGAAAACAACUCCAACAGAUUUAUGCGACUGGAAAGCAUUGAAGGGGAAAAUUGCCAAACACGGUGUGAGGAACAGUCUGCUCCUGGCCCCCAUGCCCACUGCUUCCACGGCCCAGAUCCUCGGCAACAACGAGUCCAUUGAGGCCUACACCAGCAACAUCUACACCCGCAGGGUGCUCUCUGGAGAGUUUCAGAUUGUGAAUCCUCACCUCCUGAAGGACCUCACAGAAAGAGGACUGUGGAGUGACGAGAUGAAGAACCAGCUGAUUGCUCAGAACGGAUCCAUACAGGACAUUGCAGAGAUCCCUGAUGAUCUGAAGGAGCUGUAUAAAACAGUGUGGGAAAUCUCUCAGAAGACUGUCCUGAAGAUGGCAGCAGAUCGCGGUGCUUACAUUGACCAGAGCCAGUCUCUUAACAUCCACAUUGCUGAACCAAACUAUGGCAAACUGACCAGCAUGCACUUCUAUGGUUGGAAGCUUGGCCUAAAAACUGGUAUGUACUACCUGCGGACGAAGCCUGCCGCCAACCCCAUCCAGUUCACCCUGAAUAAAGAGAAAUUAAAAGAGGCUCAGACAGACAGGAGUGAGGAAGAGGAGACCAAAGAGCGUAAUACUGCUGCCAUGGUCUGUUCUUUGGAAAACAAAGAUGAGUGCUUGAUGUGUGGUUCCUAGAUGAAGUCCUUUUCACUCAGACGGACACACUUCCACUUCUCCACAAGCUUCCCUAUAAUAUUGUAUUUUGUAAACUGUUGUUUUUAUUGUAAAUGAUUUUGUAAUAAGUUUUUUUUACACAUGCCGCUGUCGCCUAAGCACAUAUCUUGCCAGUCUGUAUUUAAUAUUUCCUGUAUUUUUAUCAUGGUGUGUUUUAUGCACGUCUGUAUAGAAUUUAUAGGGUACAAUAAAUCAUAAUCUGCCCUUUUUUAUUCAUAGUUUUGUAAAGUGUGGGUCACAUAAAUGAAAUUUGUGUUGGUGUUUGAAAUGUAUGAGAUAUUAAAUAGUUUUACAAUGA